AAAGAACAUAACACUAUUUAAGUUGUCAAUCUAAUUUUUAAAUAUGGAUUACUGGAUGAUAUUAUUUUGCACGUACAUAUUUAUAUCCAAUUCUUGUAUUCAACGUAAUUCUGCCCUCUAUUCAAUAAAAGAAAAGUGUUCGGACAAAAGAAUAAGAUGUUUGGAUAAUACACGAUAUAGGUUUUGCUUUCGUACCAGUAAGUCAGUAGUUAUAGAGUAUGGAAACAUAAAGUAUUGUCCAAAAUCUACGAGGUGCUGUGAAGUUACCGGAAAAUCACCGUGUAUUAAACAAGAAAACAACGCAACGACUGUAACAUUCCAAAUGAUAGAUCCAGAUUACGAAAUCACCAAGACAACUGAAACUACCAUUAACAAUCAAAGUAUAACUGCUGUUAACACAACUCCUUUUAUUCAACAAUAUGAGACAUUCAUUACGACACCAACCCAGCCCGAAAAAUUAUUGACUACUAAGUCUACAACAGAGGAAAGCACAAAGUUAACUACAACACCCACAACUGAGAGGAUUGUAAAAAUAAAACGGAAAAAGAAACCAAACAAAACUAAAAAUAAAGUUCAAAAGUCCAAAAGAAAAACUGUAUUGGACAAAAUUAAGAUAUAUUUAAAUAAAUUGCAGAAAAAAGUUACUAAAAAGAAAAAACAUAAGAAAAAUAAGAACCCAUCUACACCCAAUUAUAAACAAACAGUACAAAAAGUUACAACACCAAAUAUCCAUCUUUUUACAAAGCAACACUUUAGUGUUAAGAAGAAACCGGUACGAAAAUUGUCGACAAAACACCCUUUAAGAAAAGUAACCCCGAAAAUUAAAAGGAAAACUACUACAAAACGACCUCCAACAAAAAGUACAACUUCUAAACCUAAACAAAACAAAAUAAAACUGCAACUAGACCAAAUAAGACCAGAUACAAGAACAAAUGAUAUUCCACUACCAGUGACAGAGUCUCUGUCUGAAGAAGAUGCUUUGAACAAUCUGUAUACAACAGAUACAAUAGAAGUCGUUGAUAAAGUUAUAGAUAACUCGAAAGUUAAAAUAAUUACAAAUAAACCAGUUAAAACGUCAACAUUCGAAGAUUAUUUAUAUUUAAGAAAUCUCACUUUCGAUGGCGUCACAAAUAGUUCUACAAUUUCUACUACAAUAAAUACCCCUUCCACAUAUGUGUACACCCAGACUUCAUCUCCAUGGAUAUUUACGAAUUUGAAUAUACUGUCCACAACAUUAUCAACAAUGCCACCACAGUUAUCAGCAUGCUCCAUGCCUACAAAAUAUCGUGGUGCUAAAUGUAACGAAUAUUAUGAAUGUGUGAAAGUAAUGUGGGUAACCAGAUUGAUGUUAUUUAGGUGCAGACCAAGAGAAAGUUUUGACGCAGAAACCCUAGCUUGUACACCAAACACAAAUUGUUAUUAA